ACAGACAAUCAGGAAACAGCUUAUCAUUUUGUGUUCCUGAGAGGAGACGCACACUGAGACAGACAGGCAAACAAUAAUAUUCAUUUUAGCACCAAAAGUAUCACGUCCACUGAGAGGACAGCUGCAGGUGGGAACACUGGGAACACUGGAAUUACUGCUUCACUCAGAGACAAAAUGUCUUCCAGAUCAGAGGAGGAUCUUUCCUGUCCUGUCUGCCAUGACAUCUUCAAAAACCCUGUUGUUCUGUCAUGUAGCCACAGCUUCUGUAAAGAUUGUCUGCAGAAAUGGUGGAGGGGGAAACAAAUACGUGAGUGUCCAUGCUGUAAGAGAAGAUCUUCAAAGAGUGAUCCGCCUCGUAAUCUUGCAUUAAAGAACCUGUGUGAGUCCUUCCUUUUGAAGAAAGAAAGAAAGAGAGGUUCAGCAGGGUCUGAGACUCUCUGCAGUCUGCACUCUGAGAAACUCAAACUCUUCUGUCUGGACCAUCAGCAACCUGUGUGUGUCAUCUGUAGAGAUUCAAAAACUCACCAUAACCACAGAUUCAGACCCAUCGAUGAAGCUGCACAGGAUCACAAAGAGGAGCUCCAGAAAUUUCUGAAGCCCUUACAGGAGAAACUGAAGUUCUUUAAAGAAGUUAAAGGAAACUGUGAUCAAACAGCAGAACACAUUAAGGUCCAGGCCGGACACACAGAGAAGCAGAUUAGGCAGCAGUUUAAGAAGCUUCACCAGUUUCUAGAAGAGGAAGAGGAGGCCAGGAUCUGUGCUCUGAGGGUGGAAGAGGAGCAGAAGAGUCAGAGGAUGAAGGAGAAGAUUGAGGCUCUGAGCAGAGAGAUAGCAGCUCUUUCAGACACAGUCAGAGCCACAGAGGAGAGGCUGAGAGCUGAAGACGUCUCUUUCCUGCAGAACUACAAGGCUGCUGUGGAAAGAGUCCAGCAGCUGCCCCUGCUGGAUGAUCCACAGCUGAUCUCAGGAGCGCUGAUAGAUGUGGUCAAACACCUGGGCAACCUGAGCUUCAACAUUUGGAACAAGAUGGAGGAGAGGGUCUCCUACACUCCUGUGAUUCUGGAUCCUAACACUGCUGACCCAGAACUUGUCGUGUCUGGAGAUCUGACCAGUGUGAGAUCUGGAGAGCCACAAGGGCUUCCAAAAAACCCGGAGAGGAUAAAAUUCUCCUGCUCUGUCCUGGGCUCGGAAGGCUUUAACUCAGGGACUCACAGCUGGAGCGUGGAGGUUGGAGACAACAAGGACUGGGAGCUGGGAAUGUUGGGCGAGUACAUCCAGAUGAACGGACGCCUUCAAUCUGUAUUGUGGAGAAUUUUGUUCUCUAACAGUAAAUUCACAGCGUUCUGCACGUCAGAUCCAGAGGAAGAUCUGCCAGUGAAGAAGCCGCUCCGGAGGAUCACAGUUCAUCUCGACUUUGACAAAGGAAAGCUGUCUUUCUUUAAUCUUGAUACUAACACACACAUACACACCUUCACACACACUUUUACUGGCACCCUGUUUCCAUACAUUUACACUGAGAAUCCCCUUCCACUGAAGAUUUUAUCAGUGAAGGAGAAUCAGAUUAAUAUGAUAGGGUGACCAAUAUGACUAUAUGUACCGUGAGACGAAGUCUGUCAACUGUCACAGAUUUUUUUUGACCAUUUACCAAUGUGUCUUUUAUUAAUAUCUCUGGUUGUAUUAGGCCACUGGGUAUACUGCUGCAUAUUAGGGCAAUGUUGGAUUUAAAGGAUUAUUGGAUCAAUGUGAUGAAGCUCAAUCAUUUUAUUUUCACAAGUUGUGUGCUUGUUUGUCAAGGCACAUAUUACUAAGAUUAUACAAAUACUAGGAUGGCAGGAUAUACAGUAUUGGGAAUGGUGUGCUAUGACUUUUGGUAGCAAUGUGGCAAUUCAUUUUUUGCAAAAAUCACAAAGAAAUUAACUCGUGUUGCAUUAGAGAUUUCCCAAAAUCAAAUAGUGUAUACUGUGAUUAAGGAUUUUAUACCUAACCCACACCCCCAGGUUAUAUUUACAUAUGAUGUUGUGAGUUAUUCAGAGGAAUAUACGUCUCUUUCCUUAUUGUCUUGCAGCAAUUAUUGGAUUCUGAGUGAAUGCAGAGCUUCAUCAUGCCUGUAUUCUGUGUGUCUGUGUCAAGUUAAGGUUUUGCGUCAGUAUGAGACACAAAGGGCAAAUGGUGGUUGGAAAAUUAGAACACUGUUUUUGGCUGGGGGUUACACAUCCACGUGGGGCCCAAAGGCUCUUUGUUGACGGCCAGAAGCGUCCCGACCAUGGUCCUGGCUCUCCGAAAUAAGAAGAAAAGAUCCAGGCAGAGGGCAGGGUCUCUGCAGCUACAGACACCACCACACACUUCUAGUGGGUCAUUACAUAUGUAGUCUCGCAUUGCCAGACCUCAGUAAGGAACUUGUUUUGGUGGAACAUGUGCAUGUAAGGAGGAGAGCUCUGGAAUAAAAAUGGCUGUCGAGUGUGUGAUGAGAAUUUUACUCUAGAUCAAUAUAAUUUGAUUGACGGUUCAUGCUUGGAGGAUGUUUCCCGAAUCAACCAGAGUUUAGGAUGGCAACACAAAGAAAGCGGAAGGUGAGGGACAUCCGGGCCGAAAAUGAGAGACAUCUCCAGUGGCACCUGAACAAUCCCGUAAAUGAAAUGUCGUCGAUAUAGACUAUUACAUAUGUGACGAUUGAGAGGGAUUACUUUUGUAUUAGUCUAUACAUGUUUUUGAGGAAAGCACUGUAUAUUAUACUGUUAAAUAAAUAAUGCAAAUGGGAAAUUUGUAUGGGAAUGGAAAUGUUCUAUUCAUAUAUACUCUUUAAAUCAUUAAAACAUGUUUUUCAAACAAAAUCCUUUUUAUGUUUUCCAAAAUAAGACAAACAGUGAAUGCAUGUUUAAUUUUAGAACUUAAAAUACUGUCUAACACUUGCGAAAUGAUGGGGUUGGUGGUUUUGUGCUAUACAAAUACAAUUGACUUCAACAAAAUUAGGAAUCUGACCAAAUUUUUCUUUGGAUUAUGCUGAUUAUGGGACCAAUAAAAUUAAGUUUAAAAAAUAACCAUUUUCAUUGAUUGUGUGUUGUGUCCUUGUGAUCAUCUUCAACUAUCUAGGCAGUUUCAACAUGUAUACUGUACCUCAUGAUGACUUUUCCAUCAUCAGGAUCACUGGAAACUUUCUUCCAUC